AUGAUGCUUGCCAGUCUCAUAUGCCUCACACUGGGCAUAUCCCUGGCCUCCGCAAACGUUGAGAAAACCAUCUUCCUCGGCCCGGAGGCCGUCAACAUCCCCGACCAGCAGCCCUCGCUGUCGAGUCUCAACAUCGACACCCUCACGCCCGAGGGCUGGUCGCUCAGGACCCACCUCGAGGCAAUAUUCCCUACAGAAGAGUCCGAGCGCGGCAGGUCGUCAUGGUUCUUACUCGACAACCUCACUGAGGGCCAGCGCUAUGAGGUCCGCAUAUGCUGGCUGGCCACCCAACCAACGGCCUUCCACCUGGAAACCCACACCCUCCCCGCCGUCUUCGACACCCCGGAGCUCAUCACCUCGCUCCACAACUACUCCAUGUCCAGGCAGGACUCACCGCACAAAGCCACGACCCGCAAGGGUGAGAGUAGCGGCGGCGAACACCUGUCCUCGGUCCUCCUCCUGCGCAUCGACGCGGCCGCCGACUACUUCACCACCGACCGCGAGCUGAUGCGCCGUCCGGAGCCCGUGCUCGCCGACGUCAUCCUGGACCCUUUCCUUCUCAACGUCCUGCCGCGGACGCUGCUGCCCACCGUGGGGUACGUCGUCCUCGUCGCCGCCGCGUCGUGGGUGCUGGCCACGCGCCUUCUCAUGCCAUGGGUGGGGGGGCUGAUGGUCGACGACAGCGGUGGCGAUGGUCAGCAGGAUGCGCGGCGGCAUGGGGAGGAGGAAAAGAAGACGCGGUAA